GACGCGCGUUUGGAAGCACGUGAACGCGCCAAGCAGUGCAGAUGUGUCGCAGAUUUGAGAAGUCACUGUACGUACGGAAAGAUCUGGCACAAGGAAGUGGAAGAGAGAAAUUCACCUCCAACUAAAACGAAAACAAAGUAUUUCGAGAGCGAGUAUAUUUCAAAGAGCGAGGAGAACAUUCACAUGGAGCUGUCAGCGAUUGGUGAACAAGUGUUUGCUGUGGAAUCAAUAAUCAAGAAAAGAGUUAGAAAGGGAAACGUGGAAUAUCUGUUGAAGUGGAAGGGAUGGCCCCCAAAAUACAGUACAUGGGAACCAGAGGAGCACAUCUUGGACCAGCGGCUGGUGCAGGCAUAUGAGGAGAAAGAGCAGAAGGACAGAGCUCUAGGGUACCGGAAGAGAGGAACCAAAGGAAAAAGACUAUUAGUACAGAAUACUAUUUACACUAUGGAUCUCCGGAGCGCACACAAGACUCCAGAGAAGCCUCCAGCACGCCUACGUCUCUCCCUAACCCGCUCGCUGGACUCCGAGGCUGAGGACCCGACCUACGGCGCCUGUAGGCGUAGUGUGCAUCCCCGCAUGGUUCACCGCAAAAACAAACCCAGGAGGUCACAGUUUGUGUGUCUGGCCUCCCCCGCUGGUUCCCCUCCCCCUACGCAGGACCCCACACACGAGGACUGGGGAAGUAGGGAGGAGGAAUGUGACGAGGACAUGGAGGAAGAGGAGGAGGCAGGAAGUCAACAGGAGGAGUUUGAGCGAGACACAGAGAUAUGCAGCAGCAUUCUCAAUGGGCAGGAUAGAGCAGAAGAUUGGAGUUCUGUGAUUGGCUCGGAGGAAGUGACUGGGUCAGAGAGGUCGGACGUUUGGAGCCCAGUGAUUGGUCCAGGGGAAGUGACAGUGACUGACGUCACCAUCAACUCUCUCACAGUGACUUUCAGAGAAGCCCUGGUGGCCAAAGGCUUCUUCAGAGGCUGGGGCUUAGAGUUCUGAAACACACAGCAGGAACACACCGAUAGAAUGGGGUCUGGUAACACUUAUGUAGAAAGAAAGAAGGGGACAGAGAAAGGGGGAGAGAGAGGGAGAGAGGGGCAGUGUUGGUAGAGUUGUAUCUUCAUUGUCUGUUUGGACUUUGUGACUUCACUUUUUCCUCAUCCCUGUAGCCUACUUUACUUUUUGGCCUAGUGUGUGUGACCAUUGUCAAUACUAAUUUCCUAUUUCAUUUAAUAGGCAUACUGUAGUGCAGUGGUUCCCAACCAGGGGCAUUAGGACCCAUGGAGGUUCAUGGCCAAGACUCACGAGACCAUAGGCUAACUGAUAAAUUGGAAAUGCCUCUGGGGUAGUCAGUACAGGUACAUUUUGGUAGGUGUUAAAGUUACCAGAAAAUGUUGGGAACCACGGCUGUAGAGUCUAGUGCAGUGGCUCUAAAAUGCUCCGCAGGGAUCCAGACUCUUUCCAUGUAUUUGAACUGGUCCAGAGCUUCCACACCGGAUUCCAGUUGUCUACCAGUCAUCAAGCAAUUGAUUAGUGAAGCUCGGCAACAAAGUUGUGGAAUGUAUGGUACCCCCUGACGGCAGGCUUGAGAACCACCGGUGUAGUGUCCAGUAUAUACAACAUAGAAAUACAUGUAUCCACAGUAUACUGUGAACCAUCGGCCUAUACCACAAAAACUGGUUUUAUCCCCUGCAUCUGGACUGUUAUUAUUAUAUUAACAUGUGGCUUAGGGUCUUGCAAUGAUUUAGAAAUCCUCUGCAAGGUGAUUUAAUCAGCCUGCAUGCCUUUCUCCUCUCCCAUCUGACUGCAUACAGAUACUCAAGAGUUGGUUUCUCACUGAAGCGCCCCGUGCAACACAUCCAGUGUAAACUUACCUUAAAGGUCCAAUUCAGCUGUUUUUAGUCUCAAAAUGAAAUUGGAAUUUCUAGGUGAAAAUCUAAUUACUUAUUGUGAUUGUUUUCAAUUAAAAUGAUUUGAGUGGAAAGAUUAAUGUCUUCCCAACAAAGAGUAAUUUCUGAAGCAAGAAUCUGAAAUUACCUUUUGUUAGGGAACUAUAUCUAUAUCAAUCUAUAUCUAUAUAUAGGCAUUUUAGUGCAUUUUAUGACAGGAAAUAAAGAGAGAUUUGUUGAAAGGGCAGUGGGAUGGAUAUAAACCCAUGUGCACAGGAGGCAAUGUUUGGAUCACCUUAGGCCAAGGAACUCUCUAUCUUAUCAGUCUAUUAACUAACUUAAAGCCUGGUGAGGUCACCAGGUAGGUACAAUCUCCAGUCCACCAAACAUGCAGAAUUUCAGACGGUCUUAUCAAACAGCUCCAUAACUUAAACGGCCAUCGUUUCCAAAAUGUCAGAGUAUAAUUCCAAUAUCAUAUUGGAAUUAUACUGCAUAUAAAACACUGUAAACAUUUCUUAUUGACUGCACUGGGACUUUAAAUGUGGAAUCAACACUCUAAACAAAGCGGACUUGGUAAAAGUCUGUUCUGUUCGAAUUGCACUGUAUUUAGAUGAUGUGUCAUCUUGUGGAAUCUUCAUGGUUGCCUCCCAUUGGUCAAUGGCUGCUGUUUAUCCUACUCCAAGCUGAGACUGAUGGGAUAGUGAUUUGUGACUCAGUAAAAUUCUCUCUGUGACCACAAUGCAGUAGGGAUUUAUGGAAGUGCCUGAUGUUAUUGUUUCUGUAGAGCUUUUACUGCUUGUACACAUGCGUCUACAAGCACAUGCACGUACACGCGCGUGCGUGCAUCCGCGUGCGUAUACACACACACACACACACACACACACACACACAGAAACUCAAAGAUAAGAAUGCAACACUAACUGCGCCCCUCUUUUUGGAUGUUUAUUCAUCUUAAUCUUUAGGCUUGAAGUAAGAGGUAUGCCAGGGAGGGGAGAAAUAUACUGAGAAAGAGAGUAUUGUGUAUUUCUAGUCCUUAUUUUUCUAUAUCAAUUUGUAUUUAUUCUUUGAAUUAGAAUCCUUGUGUAUUAGUAAAUGCAGAGGAACUAACUGAACAGUUUUUUUUAUACUCUGUAGUUUUGAUGACUUUAUGAACUGAUGAUGUAGCCAUGUCAAUGCUCAUAUUUGAUAUUAUUGCAAAAUGUGGUUGGUUGCUUCUGCUGCUGCUGCUUAAAUAUUGACUGCUGAGCAAAGAAAUGUUGCACUUUAUGGCUUAUGGUUUAAUCUGAAGUUAUGUAAUGAAUCUACAAAAAAAAUCCAGUUUAUAGUCAGUCAGUGUCAAAAGCUAGUUAUCCAUCCAAUAACAACAGAUUAUGUGAAUUUAGAAAAGUAUGCAUAAAGAAAUAUGCAAAUUAUUCCACCAAUGGUUUCCAUCAAACAGACUUGUUGCAGAUAAAAGCAAAUAAAAAUACAAAAAAAUCACUG